GUCCAAGCCCGACAUCAAGAUGGAGCCCAGUGCUGGCAGGCCCAUGGAUUACCAGGUCAGUGUGACCAUCAUCGAGGCCCGGCAGCUCGUGGGGCUCAACAUGGACCCCGUGGUGUGCGUGGAGGUGGGAGAGGAGAAGAAGUUCACGUCCAUGAAGGAGUCCACAAACUGCCCCUACUACAACGAGUACUUUGUCUUCGACUUCCACGUCCCCCCCGACGUCAUGUUCGACAAGAUCAUCAAGCUGUCCGUGAUCCACUCGAAGAACCUCCUGCGCAGCGGGACACUCGUGGGAUCCUUCAAGAUGGACGUGGGGACCGUUUAUUCCCAGCCCGAGCACCAGUUCUACCACAAGUGGGCCAUCCUGUCGGACCCCGAGGACCUCACGGCGGGGCUCAAGGGCUACCUCAAGUGUGACAUCGCCGUGGUGGGCAAGGGGGACAACAUCAAGACCCCCCACAAGGCCAACGAGACGGAUGAGGACGACAUCGAGGGGAACCUGCUGCUCCCGGACGGGGUGCCCCCGGAGCGGCAGUGGGCACGUUUCUACGUCAAGGUGUACCGGGCUGAGGGGCUGCCCAGGAUGAACACCAGCAUCAUGGCCAACGUCAAGAAGGCCCUGAUCGGGGAGAACAAGGACCUGGUGGACCCCUACGUGCAGGUGGCGUUUGCGGGGCAGAAGGGCAAGACCUCCAUCCAGAAGAGCAGCUACGAGCCCCUGUGGAACGAGCAGAUCGUGUUCACCGAGAUGUUCCCCCCCCUGUGCAAGAGGAUCAAGGUCCAGAUCCGGGACUCGGACAAGGUCAACGAUGUGGCCAUCGGGACCCACUUCAUCGACCUGAGGAAGAUCUCCAACGAGGGGGACAAAGGCUUCCUGCCCACCUUCGGCCCCGCCUGGGUGAACAUGUACGGCUCCACCCGCAACUACACCCUGAUGGACGAGCACCAGGAGCUCAACGAGGGGCUGGGGGAAGGCGUCUCCUUCCGCGCCCGGCUGCUGCUGGGGCUGGCCGUGGAGAUCCUGGACACCACCAACCCCGAGAUCAACGGAUCCACCGAGGUGCAGGUGGAGCAGGCCACGGCCGUGGCAGAGAACUGCACCGGGAAGAUGGAGGAAUUCUUCCUCUUCGGGGCCUUCCUGGAGGCCACGAUGAUCGACAGGAGGGUGGGGGACAAACCCAUCAGCUUCGAGGUCACCAUAGGUGGGCCGGGGGCUCCGGGGGGAGGGAACUACUUCCACCUGCCCUACCUGGAGCGCAAGCCCUGCGUGUACAUCAGGAGCUGGUGGCAGGACCGGCGGCGCCGCCUCUACAACUCCAACAUCAUGGACAAGAUCGCUGACAAGCUGGAGGAAGGACUCAACGAUGUGCAGGAGAUGAUCAAGACGGAGAAGCCGCACCCGGAGCGGCGGCUCCGAGGGGUCCUGGAGGAGCUGAGCGGGGGCUGCCAGCGCUUCGUGGCCUUGGCUGACCGGGAGCAGCCGCACUCGUCCCGCACCCGCCUGGACAGGGAGAGGCUCCGCUCCUGCCUCCGGGAGCUGGUGAGAGGAUCCAGAUUGUUCCCAUCUCCCAGGAACCAGCAAAGUUCCCACAACCCCCCUUCUCUCCCCCCGCAGGGCAAGGCCGACUUCAUGGGGCGCACGUUCGCCAAGCCGGUGGUGAAGAUGUCAGAGGAGCAGUACGGGCCCCCCCGAUUCCCCCCACAGCUCGAGUACUACCAGAUCUACCGCGGAAACGCCACGGCCGGGGACCUGCUGGCGGCCUUCGAGCUGCUCCAGAUUGGCCCCGGGGGCAAGUCCGACCUGCCCCCCAUCGACGGCCCCACGGACAUGGAGCGGGGCCCCAUCCUGCCAGUGCCGCUGGGGAUCCGCCCCGUGCUGAGCAGAUACAGGGUGGAGGUGCUGUUCUGGGGUCUGCGGGACCUGAAGAGGGUGAACCUGGCUCAGGUGGACCGGCCGCGCGUGGACAUCGAGUGCGCGGGGCGCGGGGUCCAGUCCGCCCUCAUCCCCAACUACCGCAAGAACCCCAACUUCGGCACCCUCGUCAAGUGGUUCGAGGUGGACCUGCCGGAGAACGAGCUGCUGCACCCUCCCCUGAACAUCCGGGUGGUGGAUUGUCGCGCCUUCGGCCGCUACACCCUGGUUGGGUCCCACACCGUCACCUCCCUGCGCAGGUUCAGCCACCGCCCACACAACGGGAACAAGGGACAGUGGGACACCGCAGGGGAGGUCGUGGUCAGUGUGGAGCCCGAGGUUCCCAUCAGGAAGAUGGAGACGGUGGUGAAGCUGGAAGCUAAUUCCGACGCGGUGGUGAAGGUGGACGUG